GGCCCGACAGGGGGCGGGGCCGAGGGCAGGUGCGCCCGGGGAGAGAGGGGUGCCAUGGCAGGUGCAGCCUUGGGAGAGGAGGGGGUGCAGCCUGAGGGAGAAAGGGAAUGUCUGGAAGAGGAGUAGGGGCCUCCCAGGGCCGAUGAGGUCUCUGCCGAGAAGAGGCCCGCCAAAGGCCAGAUGCAGCUUUGUUUGGUGCGAGAAAGGGCGCUUAGCGUAGAUGCAGCCUUAAGACAAGUGGAGCGCAAGGGAAGAUGAUGCCUCGGGGAGGAAACGGGGGCGCCUGGGUACAGAUGCACCGUCAGGGUGAGAAAGGGGGCGCUUAGGGGAUGGGGAGCCUUCUGAGACCCAGAAGGGCGAGGUUGGCGAGGUCCGCGCUCUUCCCUAAUAAGCAGCUCCUCUCCGGGAAGUGCUCAGCUGGUGUUCCUCGAGUGACUUGUUGAGGCAUCCUCAAGGACCUGCUGCUCUACAAGAUGUUGGGAUUUUUGAAGCGCCCUGUGGUGGUGACAGCUGACAUCAAUUUGAAUGUUGUGGUUCUGACUGCAGUGGGCUUACUGAGCCGCCUGUGGCAGCUUGCCUAUCCAAGGGCUGUGGUUUUCGAUGAAGUAUAUUAUGGGCAGUACAUCUCUUUCUACAUGAAGCGGAUCUUCUUUCUGGACGGCAGUGGGCCACCAUUUGGCCACAUGCUGCUGGCCUUAGGAGGUUAUUUAGGAGGAUUCGAUGGUAACUUUUUGUGGAACAGAAUUGGAGCAGAAUACAGCAGCAACGUGCCCGUGUGGUCUUUGCGCCUGCUGCCGGCCCUCACCGGGGCCCUUCUGGUGCCCAUGGCCUACCAGAUCUUGCUGGAGCUCGGCUUUUCUCAUUGCACCGCCACGGGGGCCGCUCUGCUGAUGCUUAUCGAGAAUGCUCUCAUCACUCAGUCAAGGCUCAUGCUUUUGGAGUCAGUGUUAAUAUUUUUUAAUCUGUUGGCUGUGCUGUCCUACCUGAAGUUCUCCAACUCCCAAAAACAGAGGCCCUUCUCUCUGAGCUGGUGGUUUUGGCUGACGCUGACGGGAGUGGCCUGUUCCUGUGCGGUGGGUGUCAAAUACGUAGGUGUUUGCACGUACCUGCUGGUGCUCGCAGUCGCCGGCGUCCAUGCCUGGCACCUGAUCGGAGACCGGACUCUGUCACACGUCCGUGUGCUCUGUCACCUGCUUGCCCGAGCGGCAGCGCUGCUGGUCGUUCCGGCCCUCAUGUACUUGCUGUUCUUCUAUGUCCACUUGAUUCUGGUCUACCGCUCCGGGCCCCACGAUCAGAUCAUGUCCAGUGCUUUCCAAGCCAGCCUGGAGGUAAGGAGGGGUGCCACGGCUGCCUCAGAGAGGACUUCCCUGUACCCGUCGUGUCACAACCGCGGGUGGCUGCUGGGUUUGGCAAUUGUGCGGCCGCAUAAGGCGGCAGCCCGGGUCUGGCUGCUCCCCCACGCUCGCCACCACCCUGCGGGCCCUCGGUGCGCAUGCGUGGACCCGGGAGGCCCCGUGUCCAGCCGGCCGGCUCUCUGUCUCCGCAGGCAUCAGCUGGUGGUGAGUAACCCCCCGAGGCCCGUGCGGCACGGGGACGUGGUGCAGCUGGUGCACGGCAUGACCACCCGCUUCCUCAACACGCACGACGUGGCUGCGCCCCUGAGCCCCCACUCGCAGGAGGUCUCCUGCUACGUCGACUACAACAUCUCCAUGCCCUCCCAGAACCUCUGGAGACUGGACAUCGUAAACCGAGAAUCCGACACGGAGGUUUGGAAGACCAUCUUGUCAGAGAUUCGCCUGAUGCACGUGAACACCUCCGCGGUUCUGAAGCUGAGCGGGGCCCACCUCCCGGACUGGGGGUUCCGACAGCUGGAGGUCGUUGGGGAGAAGCUGUCCCGCGGCUACCACGAGAGCAUGGUGUGGAACGUGGAGGAGCACCGAUACGGCAAAAGCCAGGAGCAGAAGGAGAGGGAGCUCGAGCUGCACUCACCCGCGCAGAUGGACGUCAGCAGAAACCUGAGCUUCAUGGCCAGGUUCUUGGAGCUGCAGUGGAGGAUGCUGACGGUGAGGAGCGACGACUCAGAGCACAAGUACAGCUCCUCGCCGCUGGACUGGAUCACCCUGGACACCAGCAUCGCCUACUGGCUGCACCCCAGGACCAGUGCUCAGAUCCACCUGCUUGGGAACGUCGUGAUCUGGGCUUCGGCCAGCCUCGCCACGCUGGUCUACGCUCUCCUCUUCUUGUGGUACUUGCUUAGACGUCGAAGGAGUAUCCGUGACCUCCCUGAAGAUUCCUGGCUGCGCUGGGUGCUGGCCGGGGCUCUGUGCGCCGGCGGCUGGGCGGUGAACUAUCUCCCCUUCUUCCUGAUGGAGAAGACGCUCUUCCUCUACCACUACCUUCCCGCGCUCACCUUCCAGAUCCUCCUGCUCCCCGUGGUCCUGCAGCACAUCAGCGACCACCUGUGCAGGUCCCCGCUUCUGAGGAGCCUCUUCAGCGGCCUGGUUGUGGCCUGGUACUCCUGCGCCUGUCACGUGUUCAACACGCUGCGCCCGCUCACCUACGGGGACAGGUCACUCUCGCCCAGCGAACUCAAGGCCCUUCGCUGGAAAGACAGCUGGGACAUUUUGAUCCGAAAAUACUAGCAGGACACACACAGUGAACGUUUGGGCCGGGGUCAGGGCAGGAAGCGCGGUUAUCUCGAACCGUGUUUGUCUUUGACAGAGUAGCCUGAAGCUUGGCCGCCUGGCCAGCCUGCUGGGCUUUUUCUUCAGACAGUCGCUGAUAAGCAGUUUGUUUUGAGCCAAGUUUGUGUUUUCCAGGCAAUAGAGAACAUGCCCUGAGUGUCCCCUGGCGCCCGAGGGCCCCCGAACUAGGACAUGCUGAGUGGCUAGGGCAGGCCUCGCAAUGGGGCAAGAGCAGGAGGGGAGCAGGCAGUGAUGGGGUGAGUUAGGGACGAAGCAGCCAAGGCCCUGGUCCCCUCUCCCGAGCGCCCGCUGACCUGGGGAGCCACGUCCCUGGUGAGGCCUCGAGGAACCGGCCUGCAUCACGUCAGCGCCAAAUAAGCUACCAAAUGACAGGCCCUUGAUUCUCAUCACCGCAGUGAAGACCCCGGGACCCCUCGCCGCUGCUGACGCGGUGGGGGCAGACGAGCCAGCAGCCCCAGCAGGUUGAGACUCGUGUCACCCACACGUAACCCCGUCCCGAAUCUGCCCUCUGUGUACAAUUAAAACAGGGACAUGUUGGCACUGGUA